GCGCGGCGGUCGAGCCUUUAUCUCCCUGACGCGGCAGCCGCCUCCUUCAGUCGAAGUCGACUGGUCGUGUGGGUCGUGCGGCCGAGUCGACGUGUCCACUCCAGCACGAGCGGAUAGCUCAUCUCUGAGAAAGUAAUUCGAAUGCGCGCCGAUCGGCCGUGAGUGUCGCCUUGAAAGAAAGAAAAAAUGCCUGGUCCGAUCGCAUACCCCGAUGGAAGUAAAAAAGUCGAGUAGCUACGAGCCGAUGGUUGCGUGCUGUUUGCUUUUCUUUACAUAAAAUUGCCGUCGGCCUUCUUUUGAUUGGAUUCCCCCGCAGGCUGCUCUCGCUGUGAAAUCAUGUGGAACCGAAAAGUACUUAUCAGGAUAAUCGAGCUGCUUUUGUGCAUCGCAUGUGUCGUGGCUUUGAGGGUGACAGACGACGAGAGCAGAAGAGUCUUCCAUUACUUGCGUAAUAGAAGUCUCGAGUGGUCCCUUCUAAACAAUGUUACCUGGGGCUCCAUCGGUGCUGCUCUUGCGACAGCGACUUGCGGAGGCUACAUUGUCGUAACCGCGGGUCUCCUCAUCGCGGCCAUCAGCGGGGAGCUGAGAGGCCGAAAGACGGAGGUGUUCCUGCUGGGCUUGGGUAUCAUCCUGUUCGGCAUUGUCGGCGCCCUGUCGCUUGCAUCGAUCGAUAGCGUCCCCGGUGAUCUCAUCGACAAUGCCGCGGUCCUCGGUGUCCUCUGCCUCGUCACCGCCCUCGUCUUCAUCGCCGACUUGCUCAUGAGUCCCGUGUUUGGCAAGAAGAAACACGACGGCACGCAGACCAGCGCCAACAAGGAGCAAGCCAAGCACUACGUGACGACGACGACGAUGACGGUGAACGAGAAGGAGCCGCAGCCGAGCCUCUGGCAGCCGCCCACGCCCGAGAUGACGGAGAAGCGGACGAGCGCGAGCGAAUUGCGGCAAAAGGCGGUGGAUGAUGAGUCGAGGGUGGUGAAGAUGGUGGAGGAGGAGGAAGAGGACGAUCGGGAGCAUAGGCUCGAGAGGGCCGAGCGCCAGAUGCGCGAAUAUGCCCAAAACAUCGAGAACGGGCGAGGAGGGCGGGGCAAAAAUCGGGAUCGGGAUCGGGACGAGACGCCCAGGAAGUCAAACGGUUAUUACAGGAACGAGGACAUGUACCAUAGACCGGUGGAUGAGGUGGACAGUAUCCCGCCAUUCCCGACCAACGGCGAGCCGCCCAAGUUUGGAAAGGUCGUCAAUCCUGGUGUGAGGAUAAUGCAAGUAGAUCGGGACGUCGAGCGAGGAUACGAUAAUUACAGGUAUUCCGAUUCAAGUCAGUAUGACAACGUGCCCACGCGAAUGCGCGGCUCUUCCCCAGGAAUCUUAAAGAAGCAGCGCGACGUAUUCUUCGGCGAUCCGCAUCGUUCGCGCGGAUAUCGGCCGCAAGGCGAGCCCCAUCGCCACCACCAUCAGCAUCGCGUCAUCCGGGACGAGAUGGAGAUGCUGGAGGAAUGUUUCGACGAGCUGAGAACGUCGACGAUGACUACGGCAACGCAGACUAUCACCGGCACUAGCGGCGGUCCAAAGUCGACGCCCAUUUCGCCCAACGACCCGGGAUACGUGAGGCACACGGCGAGCAACUGGCCACAGAACCUCAAGCCUCAGUCGCCGCAAUCGGGCACACUUUACGAGCGUUGAGGAGCUUAGCGUUGAGCGUUGAAGAGUUUAUCGUUGAAGAGCCUAAACAUCGGCGCGAUGCAUUUCCAUUUCUACAUUCUCUAUUCUAAUGUAGCCGCUGUUCGCUGUUAAAGAGCCGCUGGGUUCCCGUCAGAGUCGGUCGAUUUUCCAAUUCGCUCGACGCUCCACAUCUUUGGAAAAUCGUUUGAGCUCACUAGUUGAAAGCUCAUCAAAGACUGCUUUCAGAGAUUGUUGUGCUUAAUUGUUCAAACGGUUAAGGUACGUCGAUUUUUUCUCGUGCACAGUUUUAAUUCUUUGGAGAUUACGAAUCCCUUUACAGCUCGAAAUUUUUUUAUAUUACCAUGAGAGAAUAGAAUCGUUGUCCUUGUCUCAUC